UGGAAAGGAGCGAAGCCACGUCAUGAGAUCGGAGGGAGGGGGCGUGGCUACGGAGACGAGAGGGGAGAGAAAGGGGCGUGGCACCUGGUCGCCGCACCUGGGCGUUCGACGUAGAACUCCGAGGCGGCCGAAUCCAAUAGCCGGAGAGCUGGGCGGUGGCAGGACGCAAGCGCGGAGAGUUCAGGGGUGGCCGCGAGAGGCGAUGGUAGCCGGGACCAUGGCUGUUACGAUACAACCAAGGAUUUCUACACUAUAUUUCCUCUGUUGCCUAGUCCUUGCGUCUUCUAUGUCCUCUUUUGCAGAGGACCAUGUGGAUGGGAGUCAUCAGGCAAACGUGCGUCUUGAUAAGAACAUGGUACAAGAUAAGGACCACAUCAUGGAACAUUUAGAAGGCGUCAUUGACAAACCAGAAUCUGAGAUGUCGCCACAAGAGCUGCAGCUUCAUUACUUCAAAAUGCACGACUACGAUGGCAACAAUCUGCUUGAUGGGCUUGAACUUGCCACUGCCAUCUCACAUGUACACAAAGAGGAAGGUGGAGAACACACCCAGACAAUGAAAGAUGAGGAGUUAAUUAGUUUGAUAGAUGGAGUCUUGCAUGAUGAUGAUAAAAAUAAUGAUGGCUACAUUGACUAUGCUGAGUUUGCAAAGUCACUGGAAUGAUGAUUUCUUUAAAAAUCCUUUAGUUCAUGUGACCCAGUACAAUGUGAUUCCUUACUGUAUGUUAGUUUGUGUGUUCUCUACCCUUUGGGCUGCAAAAUCAAUGGUAGAAAAGUGAAAUGGCUACACUUCCGUUUCUUAUACUUUGGAGAGCAAAAAGGUUACGAUGGGAACUAUUAUUUGAUACAGUCUUAUUAGUUAACAAUGGAGCAAUACAACCCAUCUGUGUUAGCAAAUUAUUUGGCAGUUGUCUUAAAAACUUGCUUCAACGAGCUAUCAUCUAAGUCACUGUAUUCCAGAAUAACUUCUGGAGGACUCAAAAAGGCAUUAAUGAUAAAGGUCAUAGCACUACAGAGUCUUAAACACCAUAAUUAUAUCCUAAAACCAACAGUAUGAUUUUGUGUUUGUGCUUUGAGUUCACCAUUAUUUUGCAAAAAUUAGGAGUAUAGGCACGGUGCAAGUUUAAACUCUUUCAAGAUCUGUCAGCAGGAGAGUUAAGUAGCUAAUUAAAUCUCCAUUGAAAUGGAUGAGUUUAAAAGUGCUUAGUCUUUGCACUGUACCCUAAAUCUGUAAAUAGAUGUUUGUCAUUAUAGACAUAUGUCUGUCUUUCAGUUUUCUUAUCUUUUGUCUUUCAGUUGUCUCAUGUUCUGUCACUACUUUACUGGGUUUUGCUGUUCCUUAAAUUAUAAUCUUACAAGAGAACUGGUUGUUGAAUUUUAAAUUAAGUAUAUAUAUAUA